CCGUCCUUUGCGCUUGCCGACGUUGCUACAAACUCCGCUUUACCACGCCUACGCGCUUCGUUUGUCAAGUCGCAUUCAGAGCAACUCUCUGCAGUCUCGUAAUAAGGGUCCCUCCGUCUUCCCGAGCGUCACAAUUACUCACCUCCUCUCUACAGCAACAUGUCAGUCACCGAAACGAUCACUGCGCUCUCCCCCAUCGCCGAGAAGCCCAAUGCCCCGCACACGACGCCCGUCAAUGAGGGUAGCUUGCACGAUAAGCCAGACCUUAGCGCUGUCAACAACGCGCUUGCACCAAUCCAGGAAGACCUAAACGAAGCCGCCGAGGAAGCAAUGUACCCAACUGUUCCAGCGCCCACGCCCGUCACUUUCUCUCCGGCGCCUAGCGUGGUUCUUCGUGGGCGGCAGCGUUCCCGUGGCUUAAGCAUCCUCAACGAGCGUCUUGCCCAUUUCGCCGACAAUGGACCGACUACGAGCAAGGGAGGUGUUAGAGAAGGCAAUGUUUGGGCUGAAGAAGUCAUGGAGUAUGUGGAACAGGCUCUCAAGCGUCUGAGGCAGUUGGCCGAGGACGAGAAGGACGUUUCUGGUGGUGCGAAGAAGGCUUCCAUCAUUUUCAAGGAGAGGCUGGAGGAGGCCUUGGCUACGGCUGAGUUGGGAUUCGAGGUCAAGGUCCACGAGGCUUCGGAAGUCUAGGAAACUGGUUGCCUUUGGUAUGGUUUGAAAACAAGGCUCUCUGGUGACUGUUUUCGGAAAAGGUAUGGAGGGACGAGAUGGCAGAAGCAUAGACAUCUGGGUCGAUAGCAGGCUUCU